GUUGCCAAGGACCCGAGGUAAUUAAUUACAGGCAUAGAAAGCAAGAUUAUGUUACGCAUCCAGCACUGCCCCUGACCUUUCCCUCUCCCUCUCUUCUUCCUCUUCCUCUUACUGUUCCUCCUCGGCUUACACACAGAUCUUGGCCCGAUUCAACCAAACCCCUGUUCGAGAAAAACAUUCAAGAAUCAAGAAUAUAGAAAACCUCUCCAAUCUAUCUGCCAAACCCCAUUUUAAUUUCUCCCCCAUUUUCUUCAAUUUGCUCUCUGCCAAAACCAUCAAUGUGUGUAUCUGCGUGUCCUUUGGUGGGGUGUGAUUGAUUGACUCUGAACAAGCAAAUAAAGGGUUUACUUGGAUUGUUGAGUGAACCAGAAAAAGGUUCCCACCAUCCACCAUUCCCUCAAUUUGUAGGGUUUUUUUUUUUUUUAGUUUGAACUUUUCUUGGGGCAGUGUUCCAUUUCUCUCUCUCUUUUCUUUCUCUUGUCUGUUGGGAUUACUACUGGUCAGGCGCCAUGGAAAUGAGCUCGCGAGAUUCCCCUGGCGGCUUCUACAGUGAAAAAUCUUGGCCCCAAUUCUGCCCUGAAAAUGGGGGAAAUUGGCAGUGAGAGUGGAGCUGGGAAGAAGUCAAACAAAGUUCAUUCUUUCUCUGUAUUCUUUGCCCCCAUUUUAUCUUCAAAGCAUUUUCUUGUUUGCAACUUUCUAUCAGCUCAAACAAAAUGAGAAAGCACGGAUGGGAGCUUCCUUACCAUCCACUCCAGGUGGUAGCUGUGGCUGUGUUUCUAGCAUUGGGGUUUGCUUUCUAUGUUUUCUUUGCUCCUUUUGUGGGAAAGCAGCUGUUCCAAUGGAUAGUAAUGGCGAUUUAUACUCCUCUUCUUGUAAGUGCCUUUGGUCUUUACAUUUGGUGUGCUGCUUCUGAUCCGGCGGAUCCUGGAGUAUUCAAAUCGAAGAAAUACGCUAAAAUUGGAGCUGGCGAGGAGCGUAGUAAAAUUAAUAUGGCGAAAUGUGGUGGAGAAUCAGCGAACGAAGAGGGGGCUAAUGGUAAAGGAAGAGGAGAUACCGAAUCAGCAAUCGAAUGUAGGGACGAACCCGAAAAGAAUAACCCGUCGUCGCACAAACGAACAUGUUUUCCGGCCAUGGUCGCGUUGCUGCCUUGUGCCUACAUUUGCGACUCGCACGACGAGGCAUCCGAUCAGCAUAGUGAAGACGGGAUGUUCUACUGUAGUUUAUGUGAAGUUGAGGUGUAUAAGUACAGCAAGCAUUGUAGGGUAUGCGACAAGUGUGUCGAUCGUUUCGAUCAUCAUUGCAGGUGGCUGAACAAUUGCAUCGGUAGACGGAACUAUCGAAAGUUUUUUACACUCAUGGUUUCUGCUCUUCUCUUGGUAAGCCCAAACAAAUGUCAUCCUCUACAAUACGAUUCGACCCGGUUAAUACGUCGUUUGUGUACAAUUAACUUGAGAUUACAGCUUAUAAUUCAAUGGUCGACCGGGAUCCUCGUGCUUAUCCUAUGUUUUCUUGAGAGGAAGCAAUUUGAGACCGAUAUAAGCUCGAAAUUAGGCAGCAGUUUCACGAUCGUUCCUUUUGUGAUCGUCGUUGCAGUGUGUACCAUUUUGGCCAUGAUCGCGACUCUGCCUCUCUGUCAGCUCUUCUUCUUCCAUAUACUUCUGAUCAAGAAGGGAAUCAGCACGUACGAUUACAUUAUAGCACUUAGGGAACAAGAGCAACAAGGUGCCGGAUGUCAGCAAAGUCCUCAGAUGUCGCCGGUUAGCUCCAUCACCGGAUUAAGCAGCGCGAGUUCUUUCAACACGUUUCAUCGCGGAGCGUGGUGCACGCCGCCGCGUUUGUUUGUCGAAGAUCAGUUUGAUGUCGUACCUCCUGACAACGGCUCGGUUAGCUCACGCGGGAAACGGUCAGCUGUCGACGAACAAAUGAAGAAGAAGAAUCCCGCAGCGGUAAAGAUCAGCCCGUGGAUGUUGGCGCGUCUGAACACCGAGGAUGUCUCGAAGGCUGCUGCGGAGGCGAGAAAGAAGUCGAAGAUCUUACGCCCAGUCGCGAGGCAUGAACCUUCUUACAACAUCGAAAGCCACGAAACGGACAGCAGUUUCGGCAGCAGCAGUCGGAGGAUAAGCGCGAGGCCCGACAGCAAUAAAAAACGUUGGAGCAGGCGGAUUCGCCUACCCGCGGAUGUGCCUCUGUCGACGCUCCCGAACUUAGACCCACAAAACGGUAUCGAUCGUCGUAUCGUCACCGGGACAUCGUCGAGCACUUUCGGAGCAAGCCGAGGCGUCCCGGUUUUGGGCGGGAUCAUUCCGUCGUCGCCCGAGAGUAGCUUGGAUUCUCCCGACGUUUGCGUCUCGUCGUUGAGAACCGACGAAGCAAGUAGAUUCGUCGGGCUGUCAGGUCCUCCUGCACAGGACAUUCCUUUAUCAAGAUCGACUAGUGACGGAUACGAAGCGUCGGGCGGGGAAGAUAGCGAUCAGAUACCGACGAGAAUUCUGCACAGAUCGAGUAACUGGAGUAACCUGUUAUUUGGCGCCGAGGCGGAUAGAACGAUCUCAAGAUCCAUUCCGCCGUUUGCAUCAUCGUCGUCGAGCUAUAGGAAGCAUUGAAGCUAGAUUCUCGGGAUUUUUUCAUUUGUUGCGAUGUUUUUCGGGAUUCCGACGUUGAUUAGGAAGGAUUGCGAAGCUCUACUUUGGCUGGUUGGUGAUUCUUUUGUGGACUGGCUUUUGUAACUUUAACGAUCUUUGGCAUGUCUGAAAUCUGGUGUCACUUGUUACCAUUUCCUGUGGUCUCUUGUCCUGUAAAUUUAUGUGGACUAAGGAUUGAUAUUUGAUACCUCAGCUUGAUUCUACCUUAUUAUUUUAAUUUGGUGGAAAUCGGCAACUGUUAUCGAAAGUGUGUAUUGGAUUAA